AUGGGAGAAGCUGAAGAAGCACCAGGAGUCAGCAAUGGUGAGUCACUGGAGCUCCUCAUGUCCAUGGCGUCCUCUUCACUGGCCUGCUGUGUCUCACAGUUCCCAGCCAAGUGGCAGUCCAUCAAGGACAAGCUCCAUCAGCUCUGCUGCAGCCUGAAUUCGCUGUGCAGCGGCGUCGGCGGCGAUGGCGACGGCAACGAUGACGACGAGGAGCAUCCUGUGCUGGCUGAGCUUCUGCGGCUGGCUUCAGCAACCGUGAAGUGCAUCCAGGUCGUUGCUUCUCAGUGCAGCGACGGGUCAUACAAGGGUGGGAGGCUUCGCCUGAGGAGCGACCUGGACAACCUGAGCUGCAAGCUUGAUGCACACAUGAAGCAGCUCAAGGAGAUGGCUUCGUCCGGGGUGCCCUCGCCGUCCAAGGCCAUUGUCGCCGUCAGGCCCAGCGCCGAGGCCAGCGUAGGUGAGAAGGCGUUCUACCUCAAGGAUCUCUUCUCCAGGAUCAGGAUCGGUGGCACCGUCCAGAGGAGCCAGGCACUGGCCACCAUCAGAGAGCUCUUGGCGGAAGACGAAUUCUGCGCAAAGGUUGUCGCUCUCGACGUCGACGACGGCAUCGCCUUGCUCACCGGGUUCCUCGAGUCCACGGACGCGUGCAUCCAAGAAGAGGCCGCCGGUGCCGUCGCCGUCGUCGCGAGCUCCGAGUGUUACAGAGGAAUGCUGGUGAAGGCAGGGGUGAUCGCCCAGCUUGUCCAGCUGCUGGAGAACGCAGACACGGCCAGUGAGCUGGGCAAGGAGCGAGCAGCGCACGCGCUGAGGGAGCUGACGGAGAACUCCGACAACCAGCAGCAAGCUCAUCAGCUCGUCUUUGCAGUGCUGAGGAACCUGAGCCGGGUGGAGGAAGUGAAGAUGUUCAUGGUGGAGCAAGGCGUGGUCACGGAGCUGGUGAAGCUCUCCCAGAAGAAGGAGGAGUUGAUAUACCCCGACCUUCCGUACUCGUACAAGGCCAGGGAGGUUGCUCUUGCUGCCAUCUGGUUCUUCUGCUUCUCUUCUGCAAACUCCUUGGAUGACCUCAUCAGCUCGGAUGUUCUUGGCUGGCUGCUCUUCUACCUGAACAAUGGCGACUACGCUGUCCUCGAAUGCACCCUCAAGAUUCUGAGGCAUCUUUCUGAGGUUUCUGAGGAGUACAACCGGAUGAUGGGCAGAGCAGGGUAUUUGAGCGCCCUGUCAAGCUUACUUGGAGCGAAAUCCUGCCGAGUCCGGGAAAUGGCGGCUCAGGUUCUGUCCAGCUUGCUGAUGCUUCACCCCAAUCGCGUCAUCUUCAUUCAAGACGGCGACAAUCUGAACAGGCUGCUGCAGCUUCUUGAUCCAGCUGAGGGCAAGCUGAUGGAGAAGGACCUGAUCCUCUCUGCUAUCAUGUCCUUGGCUGAGACCCACAGUGGAAGGAAGAAGAUUGUGACAUCAGAGAAUUUCUGCUGCCUGAAAGAACUGGCAGACUCUGGUGACUUCGACGCCAAGAAGAUCGUCAGGAAGCUAUCUAAUAACAGACUGCAAACCAUCUUCAGCAAAAUAUGGAGUGUCUAA